AAAUCCAUGGCGACGGUGGAAAUUCUGUAGGCGUCGAGAAAACGCUCAUAUCAAGAAGGGUAAUUCUAACGCACAAGACACUUGCAGCAAAGAAGUCGUCCGCCAUUCCACAUCUACAUAUCGUAAUCGUACCCGCCCGGAACCAUGUACUAUACCGCGUCUGACAAUCCUUGCAUUUCGAAAACCAAAGACAGAUUGCAAUGCGCGUAAGCCGCUCCGCGAAAAUGAUGCGUCAACUGACAGUGAUCUCGUUCCUUUGCGCGUGUUCUUACGGGUUCCUAUUGGACGGUUCCGCUAACUCUUUUUCGCAGUUCAGGAAGUGGGGAGGGGGGGCUAACGGUAGCCUCGAGUUCGAGUUUAAGACGGAGCAGCCCAACGGGCUGCUCUUGUACACGGACGACGGCGGGACUUACGACUUUUUCGAGAUAAAGCUGGUAGAGGGAGCUUUGAGGCUGAGGUAUAACCUUGGUGGUGGGGCGCAGAUCAUCACCGUCGGCAGAGAUCUCAACGAUGGACACUGGCACAAGGUGCACGUGAGACGUCACGAGGACAGGACCGUCCUCACGGUGGACGGCUUGUCGCAGAUGCGCACGUCGCGCGGCAAAGAGUUCCGCUUCGGCCGCUUCGCCACCAACUCGGACGUGUUCGUGGGCGGCAUGCCGGCGUGGUACAACGCCAAGCUGACGCUGCUCGCGCUGCCGAGCGUCAUCUUCGAGCCGAAGUUCGUCGGAUCGAUCCGGAACCUGGUGUACGCCGACUCGGAGGGGGGCAAGCCGAGGCGGCAGGAGACGAGGCCGAAAGAUCAUAGGUGCGACGGCCUUUUGGUCGCAGGGACAGAAACUGUCUGUCUACCCCAAUCCAGG